CGGCUCUUCAACGAUCUGUAGUCCAAAUGAUUCCUCCUGCGUCUGAACAACCAGCUCCUCCACACCUCGUCUGAAUCGGCUCCUGUGACCUGUGAGGAUUAUGAGGCCGGUUUUAGUCCUUCUACAGUCGCAUUGUCUCUUGAGUAUGUUUGCCGGAGUGUGUGUGCCCGUUGUUGUGGGUUCGCUACCUCCGGCGCUGCCGUGGCACGUCUCCUGCCCGGUGAGGUGUGUGUGUCAGAUCAAGCCAUGGUUCUCCCCGGACUCCGUCUACCACGAGGCUCCCACUGUGGACUGCAAUGAUCUGCUGUUGACCAAGCUCCCCUUGCCCAUACCACCGGACACACACACCCUGCGCCUGCAGAGCAACCUACUGUCAGCGCUGGACACUGCGGUGCUGCACGGACUCCCCAACCUCACUGACCUUGACCUGUCCCAGAACCGCUUCAGUCACGUCAGGACAAUAACUCAGAGCUACUCCAUCCCUUCGUUGCUCUCCCUACACCUGGAGGAAAACCAUCUCGGGCAUCUCCCCGAGGAUUCCUUUUCCACACUGCCAGCUUUACAGGAACUCUUUCUGAGCCACAACAACUUGCGUUCAAUCGCACCGGGAGCGUUCAAUGGUCUCAACACCUUGCUCCGGCUUCAUAUCAACAACAACAGACUCGCCACAGUUGAUCCGCAGUGGUUCAAGGCUUUGCCUCACCUAGAAGUGCUCAUGCUUGGUGGCAACCCUGUGGAGGCACUGCCUGAGCGAGGCUUCGUUGCUCUCAAGUCUCUGCGGAGCCUUGUCCUGGGGGGUAUGGGUCUCAGAAGCUUGGCUGAAGAUGCUCUGGAAGGGUUGGAGGGCCUCGAGAGCCUCUCCUUCUAUGAUAACCUUCUGACCAAAGUCCCGACUCAGGCCCUGAGGAGAGUACCGGGCCUCAAGUUCCUUGACCUCAACAAGAAUCAUAUCAAAAUGAUUGAGACGGGCGACUUCCAAGACAUGGUCCAUCUGAAGGAGCUCGGUCUCAAUAACAUGGAGGAGCUUGUGUCCAUUGAGAGAGCGGCCUUAAAGAACCUUCCAGAGCUCACCAAGCUCGAAAUCACAAACAACCCACGUCUGUCCUACAUCCAUCCACAGGCUUUCCUCCAACUGAGCAGAUUGGAGAGUCUGAUGCUCAACUCCAACUCCCUGAGUGCUCUACACCAACACAUUAUGUUCUCCCUGCCAAGUCUUCAGGAGGUCAGCUUACACUCCAACCCACUGCGAUGCGACUGCCUGUUUCACUGGGCGGCGAAGGAGACCUUGCACCCUCACUUUGAGAAAGACACGCAAACAGAUGGAAAGAAUGCCCGAGUGGUUCGCUUCAUCCAACCCCAGGCGACAUUGUGCUCGGAGCCUCCAGAGCUGAGAGCUCGCAGAGUGAGAGAGGUGUCUUCAGGGGAGAUGUCGACUUCCUGCCUCCCAAUGAUUCCCGCCAACUCCCUACCCUCUUACGUAAAGGUGCGAGAGGGCGGCAAACUAGCUUUGCACUGCCGAGCUCUGGCGGAUCCACAGCCUGAACUGUACUGGGUGACCCCUUCAGGUGUGAAGCUCGGUCCUGCACGAGGCCACGCACCCCAGAGUUCACCAGAUUCAUCACCAUGUAGGAGCCAGACGUCUCCCGGAGAAAACAACCACACGUCCAGCUCCGGCGCUCCUCACCAGCACGCUCAGAACAAUACUCGUUGUCAACUGUUGAAACACUACAAAGUGCUGCCAGAGGGGACGCUGGAGAUCAGCAAGAUCACUCCCAGAGAGGCGGGCUUGUACACCUGUGUGGCCGAGAACGUGCUGGGAGCAGACACACGCAGUGUGACCGUUGGCGUGCACAACAGAGAAAAAAAGAGAAAGAGGGCAAAUAGUGCUACUCAGAAGAAGUUUCUGUUAUUGAGAGCCGAUGCUCGACUGGAAGUGAGAGAGGUCGGAGAGCACUACGCUAUCCUGGCCUGGCAGAGAGGCCACAACCUGCCCUCGACCCGCCUCUCCUGGCAGGCCAUAUCCUCAAAAGCCCACACGCCCACGUACACCACGCGCAUCCUGGCCGGCACGCAGAGCUUCAACCUGACACACCUGCAGGCGGCAACGUUUUACCGAGUGUGUCUGCAUGUGGGGAUCGGCGAGGUCGACAGGCACGCCGGCAGGAGGUUAAAAGAGAGCAGAAAGCCUCAGUGCGUUUCGUUCAGAAUGAAAGACGCGGCAAAGCAUCCGCCCAGCCUGCAGCUUAACCCGCAGUUGACCUCCACAGCAGUCACUCUGCUGCUCCUCGCCGUCAUACUGCUGCUGGCGGGGCACGGCUGGGACACCGAGCCCGGCGAGGGGCCACACAAGCAUCACAAUGCUCUCCACGCGGAUGUCAAGGCUCCCAGAGCCGUCUUCGUCAAUCAAACGACAAAAGGAGGAAGCGAACAUCAGCUGAAUCAGAGCGAGAAGCUGCUCUUGCAUCAGGACUGCUGAGAUAAUUGUGCAUAUUCAAGUUUAAACAACAGCGACACACAUGCACACAGGUACACACAGAUGUUAUACACUUUGUUAGAUACAAGAAUACAAAAAUUAUACAUAAAAGCAGUGGUGUAGAAAGAGAUUUGUAUUUAUUUUCUAUACAUUAUAAAGUAUAUAUUGACAUUGUUUCUGUGUUCAUAUGUGUUGUAAAGAAUGCCUACCCCCCCUAUCCAGGGAAAUAAAGUGGACAAUCAAACUCCUGUUGCACAGUGAGUGAGCAGAGGAGAAACAAAUGAGCGUGAGCUGCCGAUGACCACCGGACGGACACUGGGGAGAGUCUCCAUCAAUCCAGGGACAGACAUUCACAGUGAGGACAGCUCACACCUCCAGGGUUUCGUCAUGCUCAUUGUCUACAUGUUCCAUAGACUGUGCCAUGUUCUAUCGAAACAGAUACCAAUCUGCUAUAAGACUGAGAAGAAAGUGUGUGUUUGGACUGUGCAACUCAAAGUGAUUGAUGUAAACAAGCCGUUUUGCUUAGCUUUCAGUGCGUUAGACUGAGCGCGACUCAUGCAGAAGAAAUACAGUAUCCGUACUCAUUCUGAUACCCUUACGUCCCUCAUUCUGUUUGAAAA